UACCUGUCAGGGCGGCAGGAUGGAGGGACUCAUCGAGCUGGUGAACCGGCUGCAGGACGCCUUCGCGGCGCUGGGGCAGAGCUGCCUGUUGGAGCUGCCGCAGAUCGCUGUGGUGGGCGGGCAGAGCGCCGGCAAGAGCUCGGUGCUGGAGAACUGCGUCUCCAGGGAUUUUCUUCCACGAGGAUCUGGAAUUGUAACAAGGCGACCAUUGGUUUUACAGCUUGUCACUGCCAAAACAGAAUAUGCUGAGUUCCUACACUGCAAAGGGAGGAAAUUUACAGAUUUUGAUGAAGUUCGUCAAGAAAUUGAAGCAGAAACAGACAGAGUGACGGGACUGAAUAAAGGCAUUUCUUCAAUUCCUAUUAAUUUAAGAGUGUAUUCCCCACAUGUGCUAAGCCUGACCCUUGUUGAUUUGCCUGGAAUCACUAAAGUGCCAGUAGGGGAUCAACCUCCAGAUAUAGAGCAACAGAUCAGAGAUAUGAUUAUGCAGUUUAUUUCUCGUGAAAACUGUCUGAUCCUGGCUGUGACUCCAGCCAACACUGAUCUUGCCAACUCAGAUGCAUUGAAGUUAGCUAAAGAAGUAGACCCUCAAGGCCUGAGAACCAUUGGUGUAAUCACAAAACUGGAUUUGAUGGAUGAAGGAACUGAUGCAACAGAGAUUCUGGAGAACAAGUUGCUCCCUCUUCGUAGGGGGUAUAUUGGAGUUGUAAACAGAAGUCAGAAAGACAUUGAUGGGAAGAAGGAUAUUAAGGCAGCCAUGCUGGCAGAAAGGAAAUUCUUCCUUUCCCAUCCAGCUUACAGGCAUAUGGCAGACCGGAUGGGAACACCAUAUCUGCAGAAAGUUCUAAAUCAGCAACUCACCAAUCACAUUCGAGAUACACUGCCAACCUUCAGGAGCAAACUUCAGAGCCAGCUGCUUUCUAUAGAGCAUGAAGUAGAGGCAUAUAAAAACUUUAAACCAGAAGAUCCAACUAGAAAGACUAAAGCCUUACUGCAGAUGGUUCAGCAGUUCUCAGUGGACUUUGAAAAAAGAAUUGAAGGAUCAGGGGAUCAAGUUGACACUUUAGAACUAUCUGGUGGUGCCAAAAUCAAUCGUAUUUUCCAUGAGCGUUUUCCUUUUGAAUUAGUAAAGAUGGAAUUCAAUGAGAAAGAACUGCGGAGAGAAAUAAGCUAUGCAAUCAAAAACAUACAUGGUAUCAGAACAGGUUUGUUUACUCCAGACAUGGCCUUUGAGGCUAUAGUUAAAAAACAGAUAGUGAAGCUGAAAGGGCCUUGCUUAAAAAGCGUGGAUCUGGUGAUGCAAGAGUUAAUCAACACUGUCAAGAAAUGCACUAAAAAGCUGGCGACCUAUCCAAGGCUAUGUGAGGAAACGGAAAGGAUUGUUGCUGGCCACAUUCGAGACAGAGAGGAGAAGACCAAGGAACAGGUACUGCUGCUAAUUGAUAUCCAGGUAUCUUACAUCAAUACCAACCACGAAGACUUCAUUGGCUUUGCAAAUGCCCAACAACGAAGCAGUCAGGUUAACAAAAGUGCAGUUGGAAGUCAGGGAGCCAAUCUACCGCCUUCACGGCAAAUUGUGAUCCGGAAAGGCUGGCUCACUAUCAACAAUAUCGGCAUCAUGAAAGGGGGGUCCAAGGAAUACUGGUUUGUUCUGACAGCAGAAAGCUUGUCCUGGUAUAAAGAUGAUGAGGUUAAAGCCUUAAUCUUAUUUUAACUUGGAAUUUUCUAUGCAGCACAGUUCUAGUCAGUAAAACCUUUUGCAAGUCAUGGUGAAGGCUGUGUUCUUGGAGAAGGAAAAGAUGGAAUUCCUAAAAGGGAAGACUUCAUCUAAUUUUUUUUAAAGACUAGAAAUUGGAUCCUCUAGGAAGUCUGUGUCUUUUUCAUUUAUUCUGCAUUCCGAUUAAUAUAUUUGAUUCCCCACCCCCAUUCUCAUCACCUUUUAUCAUUUAAAAUAUAGAGAAGUUUGAAAAUGCUGGUAUUUGACUUUUGUUGUUGUUGUGGCUUAUAAUAGUUCCCACCAAGCAAUGAUACUUGGGUGGUCUGAAGAAAAGUGUGUGUAUGUGCACUGAGAGGAGGGAGAA